GCGGCGCGCGCGGGGGCGCGGCCUCUCCCCGCGCCCCCUUCCGGAGCGGAGGCCCGGCUGCCGGCGCGGCCCGAGGGAGGCGGCGUUUUCUGAGGAGAAUCUUCUCGUCUUUUCCCUCCUUCGAAGCGCAAACCCCACGGGGGCGACCGCCGCGAUGGGGCGGACGGAGGAGGGAGAGCGGGGGCCGCGCUGGCUGUUCGCGGUGGGGCUGCUGGCCCGGGCGGCCCUGGUGGGCCUGGGCGUCUUGCAAGAUGGCCGCCUGGCCUUGAAGUUCACCGACGUGGACUACGCGGUUCUGACGGACGCGGCCCGGCUGGUGACCCGGGGGGCCUCCCCUUACCUCCGGCCCACCUACCGCUACAGCCCCUUGCUGGCCUGGCUGCUGACGCCCAACGUGUUCCUGUCGGGGCUGUUCGGCAAGGCGCUCUUCGCCGCCUGCGACGUGGCGGCGGCCCGCCUGCUGCACGGCCUGCUGCGGCGGCGGGGCCUGGGCGGCCGGCAGGCCACGGGCCUCUGCGCCGUCUGGCUGCUCAACCCCCUGCCGUUGGCGGUGUCCUGCCGGGGCAACGCCGAGGCCCUGUCGGCCGUGCUGGUGCUGGCCACGCUGUCCGAGCUGGAGCGGGGCCGGACGGCGCGGGCGGCCGCGCUCUACGGCCUGGCGCUGCAGCUGAAGCCCUACCCCGUCGCCUACGCCCUCCCCGUGGCCCUGCACCUGCGGGCGCGGGGCCCGCCCCACUCCGUCCCGCUCUUCGGCGCGGUGGCCGGCGCCACCUUCCUCGGCCUGGGCGCCGUCUUCCACGGCCUGUACGGGCCGGACUUCUGGAAGCGGGCCUUCCUCUACCACCUGAGCCGGCGGGACACGCGGCACAACUUCUCGCCCUACUUCUACGCGCUCUACCUGACGGCGGCCGACGGCCGGGCCGCCCCGCCGGGCCCCGCCGCCUUCCUGCCCCAGCUGCUGCUGCUGCCGGCCGCGGCCUGGGCCUUCCGCCGGGACCUGGCCUUCUCCUGCUUCGUGCAGACGGCCGUCUUCGUCAGCUUCAACAAAGUGUGCACGUCCCAGUACUUCGUGUGGUACCUGUGCCUGCUGCCCCUGGCCGGGCCGCGCGUCCGCCUGGGCCGGGGGCGGGCGGCGCUGCUGCCGGCGCUGUGGUUCGGCGGCCAGGCCCUGUGGCUGGCGCCCGCCUACCUGCUGGAGUUCCGGGGGAGGAACACCUUUCUGCUCGUCUGGCUGGCCGGCCUGCUCUUCCUCCUCGUCAACUGCUUCGUCCUGGUGCAGAUGGUCGCCCGCUACCGGCCGGACCGCAAGGCCAAGCCGCGGUGACGGCCGGCGGACCGGGCCCGGCCCCCCCCCCCCCCGGGGAGGGCGCCUGGCGGCGAGGCGGAGAGGGUCCGGGGCCGUGGGUUCCGACCCCGGCUCCGCCACCUGACUUCGCCCCUCCGGCCUCGGUGACCUCAUCUGGAAAAUGGGGAUGAA